AGCCCAUCAUCGUGGAUGUUCCAGGCGAACUGUUCGUUAAGUUUAACAGUCACUAUGCGGCAGAUAUUGUAUCGCUUUCAACACAUACUGAGACAUUUGCUUUUGUGAUGGCAUUAAACUACAACACAUUCAGUCGUCUUAUCAUUGGAGCGCACACCGCUGCAGAGGCCUGCGUAAAGUUCUGCAGGCCAGUUCAGCAGGCAUGUGGGAGAUACCAAAUGUGUCGAUGGUACUCCGGUGUCACUCAUGAAGAAAACAGACUGGAGGAGGUCAGACAGCCUGUGGUCCCAGGUGGUCAUAGACGAGUUCUAAAGGAUGUUCUUCCUUUCUCAAAGUUUCUCACAGACUCUUUUGGACGGAGACACAAUUACCUGAGAAUUUCUUUAACUGAAAAGUGUAAUCUUCGUUGUCAAUACUGCAUGCCACAAGAUGGGGUUAAACUUACCCCUCGAUCUCAGAUCCUAACAACAGAUGAGUUGCUGACAUUAGCCAGACUUUUUGUACAAGAGGGGGUCAACAAGAUACGGAUCACCGGAGGAGAACCUCUAAUUCGCCCAGACAUUCUACAUAUAAUAGCGGAACUUAGGAAGUUGGAGGGUCUGAAGACCAUUGCAGUCACCACAAAUGGGAUGAAUUUGGCCAAAAUUUUGCCUGAUCUAAAGAAAGCGGGUGUGGAUCUGCUAAACAUCAGCCUAGACACGCUGGUCCCUGCCAAAUUUGAGUUCAUCACUAGACGAAAAGGGUUUCAUAAAGUGAUGGAAGGCAUUGAAAGGGCUAUUGAAAUGGGCUACAAUCCAGUCAAGGUGAACUGUGUUGUCAUGAGAGGUGUGAAUGAAGACGAAUUGGUUGACUUUGUGUCACUGACAGAGAGGAAACCUUUGGACGUGAGGUUCAUAGAGUACAUGCCUUUUAAUGUUUCCUAA